UUUUGAAGUUUAGCUAAUUUUUUAACUACAUGCUACUAAGGGAAAAAAAAUAUAGAUAUUUGAAUUUUAAGCGUGAAACUUCAGGGUCCUGUUAUUUCUGGUUUCUAGAAGCUAUUUCAGAAUGUAGUGGACCUCAGAAGGUUUGACCCGAGCUCUGUAGCAGGUCAGCACGUGUGCUUGAUCUGAACCUGAUCCCACACCUGGUUGUCUGACGUGUUACCAUGACGACAGAGCGACACCAAAGCAUAACUUCUUCCGAGCUUGAUUUGGUUUGGUUUUUUUAUUUGUCCUGAACGCAGCAGCAAAUUUCCUGUAAAGUUCAAACAAAAAUAUAAAGGAUGGAAUUAAUAAAUAUGCAAAUCCGAUGGAGCUCUGAGAGGAUGCGUUCAAAGACCAGCAUGCAGCCGCUUUAUGAGGACGGUUCACAUCUCAGACAUAUCUGAGGAGGAUGCCACCAAGAAUUAAAGUGUCAAUCAUCCAGACAAUUUUGCUCAGUCUGCUGCUGCGGCUCCUCGGCUGUUUCGGCCUUUUUGCUGAAGGAGUUUGACGUUUCACUCUACGAUUUUUCGUUCAGACACAGCUGAGCUCCUUCUUUUGUCUGACACGAGCACAUCUUCCUCCAGUCGGACGAUGGAAUCCAUCCUGACCAAUUCCCGUUUUUCCAGCCGUGACCUUCACCGGCUCACCUGUUUCUGAUGCUGCUCACUGAUUUAUGUCAGUCAAAAACUGCAGGAUUUACCCCCCACCCGACCCCACCCUCAUCCACCCGUUCAUUCAGACAAAAUGCAACAAUCCCGAGGAUGAUGAUGAGGAGGAGCUGCAGGAGGAGGAAGGCCAGCAAAGGUGCAUCCGUGGUGGGGGCGGAGGGGGGGCUGCAACCAAAUUUCUCAUCUUGGCUGGUGGAUGCGGGGGGAGAGACCCCCUCCCCCCUCCACCUCUGCAGCAGGAGGAGGAACAAUAACCUGAGAGGAGCCGCAGUCUCAGCGCACGGAGCAGCUCAGCGGAGGCGCCGGGAGGGAGAAUGUCCUCCCCGCAGCUCCCCGCGUCCCGCAGGCAGUCCUGCUACCUGUGCGACCUGCCCCGCAUGCCCUGGGCCAUGAUCUGGGACUUCACCGAGCCCGUGUGCCGCGGCUGCGUCAACUACGAGGGAGCGGACCGGGUCGAGUUCGUCAUCGAGACCACCCGCCACCUGAAGCGGGCGCAGGGCUUCCAGGACGGCCGGCCGCCCUCCGCGGCGAAGCCUCCCGCCAAGGAACCGGGCGGGAUCCCGCCGGCGGACGGAGCGGGGAAGUCCCUGCAGCCGGACCGGUACUCGGUCAGUCGCUUCGACUACGCCGGAACCAGGCAGGCGAAUGGAUAUGUCGGACCGAACGGGUACAAGACGGACGAGGGUCCUCCGGACCUGAACCGGCAGAGCCCGAACUCCCGCGCGAGGAGCAGCGGUGGUCCGGCGUCCUCGGCGGGACAGACCAACGUCCCCCCGAACCUGUUGCCGCAGACGCUGCUCCCGCACGGUCUGGUCGGGAGAGUAGCCCCGCAGAGCUCCGCGGGGCGGCCCGCCUCGGUCUCCAGCACCGACCAGGAGCGGGAGGCGAAGGAGAAGCAGCGGAGCGCCGAGGCGCUGGCGGAGCUGAGCGAGAGCCUCCGGAACCGGCAGGAGGAGUGGGCGAGCCGGCCCAAGGCGGUGCGGGACACGCUGCUGGCGCUGUCCGCCUGCACGCCGUUCGACGUCCGCUUCAAGAAGGACCACGGCCUGGUCGGCCGGGUCUUCGCCUUCGACGCGGCGGCCAAAAGCGGCGCGGAGUUCGAGCUGAAGAUCUUCAUCGAGUACCCGAGCGGCUCCGGGGCCGUCUUCUCCAGCGCCUCCGGGGUGGCCAAGCAGAUGUACCAGGACUGCAUGAAGGACUUCGGCCGCGGCCUUUCCUCCGGGUUCAAGUACCUGGAGUACGAGAAGAAGCACGGCUCCGGGGACUGGCGGCUGCUCGGGGAUCUGCUGCCGGAGUCGCUGCGGUUCUUCAAGGAGGCGGUCGGAGAGGAGAUGCUCCCGCAGGCGCACACCGACACCAGCUUCCCGCUGCUGCCUCACGGCCGGGCGCUGAGCUCCGGCAGGCCGGGCCAGAGGAAGAGGAAAACCUCCCCGGAGCCGGACUCCGCGGAGGAGCCGCAGCGGCAGCAGUGGAUCUCCGGUCAGGCGGAGGCGCUGAAGCUCUCGGCGGCGGGCUCCUUCUCCUCCGGCCGGAGCUCGCCUCCGGAGGCUCCGUCCCCGAUGGCGGCUCUGGUGUCGGCGGCGGACGCGCUGGGGAACCCGUACUCCCCCAACAAGGACCGGGACUCCGUCCACUCCACCUCCUCCAGACAGAACAGCAGCCCGGUGUCCCCCGCCUCCCUGAGCGGCCAGAGGCGCCUCCCGGAGCAGCCGCACCCUCCCAACGUGCCCGACUCCCCCGCGGCCAACAGCGGGCCCCUGUGCUGCACCAUCUGCCACGAACGCUUGGAGGACACGCACUUCGUCCAGUGUCCCUCCGUGCCCGGCCACAAGUUCUGCUUCCCCUGCUCCAGAGAGAGCAUCAAGGCCCAGGGCGCCUCCGGAGAGGUGUACUGCCCCAGCGGGGAGAAAUGCCCCCUGCUGGGCUCCAACGUGCCCUGGGCCUUCAUGCAGGGAGAGAUAGCCACGAUCCUGGCUGGAGACGUGAAGGUAAAGAAGGAGAGAGACCCCUGAGGAGGAGGAGGAGAUGCUCCACCAGCAGGUCUGCUCCUGCAGAAUCGAACCCUGGAGUCACAAAUGAAGCUGAAACUCUGAUCUUCAGCUGCUUCUCUGAACCUGUUUUGUAAAGAAAGUUUUUUCUUUGAGAAAACUUUAAAACCUGUGAGUUUGAACUUUUGUUUGGGUGACACUUGAGUCUCAGGUGUAAUUUAAGUCGAUUCUUGAAUUUUUUAUUUACUUGUCAGAAGAUUCUACUGGUAGUAAUGUGGUGGAUUCAGAAGAUGCAGCUUCAUGAAAUAACCCAAAAGCUUCCUGAGUUCUCAUGGGUCCUUCACAGACUUCAGCCUUUGAAACUUUCACAUUUUCUCUGAACAGCAAAAAAAAAGUUUCGGUCAAAAGUUUUAGAACACUCAAAUUUUUUCCAUUCAAAAACCAUAAAGUUUUAUUUUAAAAAAGGUGCAAAAACAAAUUUUUUAAGUCUGUCUUCCAUUGAUAGAUGUUUUCUUUUCAUUUUGGAAGCAACAAAAGUUUUAGCUGCACAACACUGUAAAAACACUGUAAAUUUUACAAUAAAAAUAAAUUAAAUACAUAAAAUACACUAAAAUAAAAAUAUAAAAAACUACGUACUGAGGUUGCUACAAUUCAAAAUACAGUCCCUCAUGAGUAACCUUUUUUAAACUGUAGAUGGAAACAUUUUUACCCUUUAAAAAUAAAAUGUUACUGCAUAAAAUUUGCGGAAACUAUAUAUAUUACAGUAAAAAAAGUGAAUCUAGUUACUAAAAUCUCACUGUAAACAGUGAGAAAUGAAACCAUGAUAAUUUUUUUGGGGAAAAAAGUUUGUUUUUAUUUAUUUGUUUAUUUAUUUGAUUUUCUUGUGCCAUUUUUUACUUUAAAAAUAAGCAUAUUUACUCCUAAUAAGACAACGUAACACUACAAAACUGGCAUACAUUAAUUUUCAUGGUAAAAAAUAAGUUGUUAUUUUAAGGCUAUCUCAGUAAAAAUAUGUUUGUUUUCUUUUACAUUUCUUCUCUUGUAAUCUCUCUAAUUUUUAUUGUGACAGAUUUACCUCAAACUUUUAUUUAAGAUAAAAAAACAACAACUGAGGUUGUCUGAAGAA